AUGCAUUGGGAGUGGAGAAACUGCCCGGUGGCGUGGAAAGGCCAGUUCACUACCGGUUUCAAGCAGAAACAUCCGUCGAUGAUCCUCGAAGCCGUUGUUGACUACCGUUUGCGGAUCUGGCAUGCAUAUUUCGGUGUUGCAGGUUCGAACAACGACAUCAACAUUCUGCAGUCGUCGCUUAUCUUCAAUGAUGAGUGCCGGGGAGAGGGUCCAGAGAUCAGUUUUGUAGCAAACGGCACGCAGUUUCCCGUAUUCGUCAAGACACUUCGGCGACCGGCUGGCGCGAAGAGACAAUAUUUUGCGCGCAAACAAGAGGCCGCUAGGAAAAAUGUGGAGCGAGCUUUUGGUGUGCUCCAAGCGCGAUGGGCCAUUCUACGCUGCCCGGCACGAGUGUGGCACGAAGAUGAUGCCGCGGAUAUCAUGGUAGUGUGUAUCAUAUUGCACAAUAUGAUAAUAGAAGAUGAAGGAUUUGCUGCAGAACGUUGGGCGCCGGAAGAUGGUGCAAGUACAAGUCACGGUGUUGCCUCCGCGCCGAUACAGAUGGGUGUACCACGUAGUGAUGAAUAUCUGAUCCAACGUUUCGUUGAUAUACGCCGGAGCAUAGCACAUGACCAUCUCCAGGUCGAUUUGAUUGAAGAGAUCUGGGCACGUAGGGGAGGCGGCGUAGCAUGA